CUUCCGGUUCAGGGUCAUCCGAGUUGCCAGCCAAUUUUGCAUCCCCACCACCCACACCCAGUGACAGAGACAGAAGGCCGGGCAGGGCCACGCGACGCGACGGAGAUGGAGCACACGAAUCAUCGCCGCCGCCGUCAAGCUUUGGCCACCGUGUCGGCGACGACGACGCUCCUGCUGCUUCUCCUCUGCCUCGCGGCGUUGACGACGGCAGAGGCGCUGCGCGAGCACAGGGAUGAGGGCGGCGCUAGCAGCAGUGGCGGAAGCGGAAGCGGCUGCGGCAGCAACGCCGCCGGCGGCAAGCAAUCGCCGGCCGUGUGGGUGUUCGGGGACUCGUACGCGGACACGGGGAACCUGGGCGACCUCGGGCGGGAGCUGACCCGCGAGUGGUACGACCCGUACGGGACCACCUUCCCCGGCCGGCCCGCCGGCCGCUUCUCCGACGGCCGCGUCCUCACCGACUUCAUAGCCUCCGCGAUGGGAGUGCCAACGCCGGUGGCGUACAAGCUGCGCAGGGGCGCUGCGCGCGGGCUCGUGGCGCGCGGCAUGAACUUCGCCGUCGGCGGCGCGGGCGUGCUGGACACCGGCAACUUCCAGCGCAACAUCGGCGAGCAGAUCGACCUGUUCCAGGCGCAGCGCCCGCCGUCGCCGCCCUCCGCCCGCGGCUGCGACGCCGGGGUCGCCGUCGUCGUCGUCUCCGGCAACGACUACUCCUACGCCGCCGACAAGGACAACAGCACAAGCGUACGCGCCGCGAUCGCCUACAUCCCGGCGGUGGUGCGGCAGCUCCGGGAGCAGCUGCUGCGGCUGCGCGACGAGGCGGGCAUGCGCAAGGUGGUGGUCACCAACCUGCACCCCAUGGGGUGCACGCCGCUCUUCACCCGCGCUCUCAACUACACGGCCUGCGACCCGCUGGCCAACGCGGGCGCCGCGCAGCACAACGCGGCGCUCCAGUCCGUGCUCGCCGCGCUCGACCCGGCCAACCGUACCUUCCUCCUCCUCGACCUCAACACGCCCUUCGCCGCCUUAGUCGACGGCGCGGCGGCGGCGACGGCGGAGGAGAGGUUCGCGGAGCCGAGGCGGCCGUGCUGCGAGAGCUUCAGCGCCGACGGCCACUGCGGGCAGCAGGACGACAGCGGCAGGCGGCAGUACAGGUUGUGUAGCGACCCGAGCAAGCAUUUUUACUGGGACGACGUCCACCCGACACAGGCCGCGUGGGCCGCCGUCUCCCGAACGUUCAGGCCCAUGAUUCAAGAGUUCCUUCUGUCUACCUGAUCACAGCUUUGUUUCGAUCAGAUGAGAUAAAAACUAGCACUACUUAUCCAAAGAACCAAUCAAGAGUGGAGAGCUAACCGAGUUGUUGGAUUAGUGAAAUUCUCCUGUCAUUGUUACUCUAAAAAUGGCUGGAUUUAAAAAAAAAAUCCACGGUGCGAGAUGUUAAUAAAAAACGUUCUCCAGUUCGUUUUAA